AUGUAUAAGAGGAAUCGCCUCCUUAUUGAGAGAGGCCUGGGUCAAACCGAUUCUCCGCCAUCAGAUGGAGAUGCUGUAGCUACUGUAGCAGAUCCUCCUACCGAAACGGGCGGGGCAGACGUCCCUGUUCCUGAGCCUUCGGCACCGUCUAAUGGAGAUGGUGGAGAUGAUGGCGGAGACGACGAACCAACAUCUGAUCCCGUUUCUGAGCCCGCGCCCGAACCCUCUGCCGGUGACGGUGCCCGGGUUCCAGCAGAUGAAUCGUCGCCGGUCGAACCCCCUACCGAGCCCUCCGAUGCGCCAGAACCUACCGAUGACGAGCAGCCCAGUGCUACCAGUGACCCUGAGCCAACAGGCGACGAUGCCGACCCAUCUCCCAUAGAUGCAGAGCCUACCGAUGACGCUGUUGAACCAUCUGCUACAGACGGCCCAGAACCUACAGACACAAAUGGUGAGGAACCUAUCGCAACCAAUAGUGAACCCGAUAUUGUUCCAAGUGAUGCUCUGAACUCCGCGCCGGAAGAGGCUAUACCCGGACCAACAGAAACUGGCCAAGAUGAGCCAGUAUCUGCUCCUGAGGCCUCUGAUCCACGACCGGCUCUUUUACCUACUGCGACGCCUGGUGAUUCAGUGACUGAACCUCCUGAUGAACCCACAACUGACUCAGGACCAGAAGACGAACCAUCAAAUACCAGAGCCGGAAUUGUGGCGCCAAGCUUGACUGAAGACGAUAAUGAACCAACAGUUACCGAGGCAGCUCCUACGAGCGCUGCUUCUGGUGGUGCUGAUCAAGGUACGGAUAGUCCAGUAGCGUCACCCAUUGCACCUUCAGAAACAAAAGGCGACGAAGACCAGCCCGACACCCCUGCUACGACUGGCGGUAAUGGCCCAACUGCGGCUGGUGGUAAUGGCGACAGCACAAAGACGACAAACCUUCCAGAUGAACCGCAAGAAACCAACGAACCAGACUCUAACCCAGAUACCAUUUCAGCAGGAUCCAGCGUUAAACCUCCCAAGGCAUCUGCCCCUGCGGCCACUGGCAAAGAAGGAUUCACCACGGUGACCGGCUCGAGACCUGCCCCGACAAGUGAGGCAUACGAGGUUCCCGUUGACCUGGAAGAAGACACUGUCCUUGGUGACUAUGCCGAGUUCAAAGAGGCUUCUAAUGGCGAACAAGUUGUACUUCUCAAGCCUCCACCAAAUGGCAAGGCAAACUGCGAGAUCGCGCCCACUGGCGGCGAGGUUGACAAGAUUCCCGCCGGUGAAUACGUCCGCGUUCUUCUUUCCGUCAAAGUACAAAAGGUCGGUUCUCCCAACUCCAAGGAUGGCAAAACAGGAUCUCGCCUCAAGAUGUUGGUUGAUGAGAACACCGUGUACGACAAGGAGCUUAUUUCCACUGGUGAGGAUGAUACUCAGGACAUCGAAAGUGAUCCCUUUGAGUCUGCCAAGAACCAGAAGAUUCGCAUGAUUCAAGAGUCUGGCAAGGAGCCAGUUGAACUUACGAUUCAGGAUGCGAAUAUUCGGGUCACUAGGGAUGACAAGAGUGGCGGAGGAGGUAGUGGUUCUGGGUCUGGAUCUGGUGACAAAGGCGGAGAUGAUGAGUCUGGUAGCGGUGGAGACUCAGGUGGUGAUAGUGGCAGUGGUAGCGGUUCUGGAAGUGGUUCUGGCAGCGGAGACAAGGGUAGCGGUGGUGGAGAUGGCGGAAGUGAUUCCGGCUCUGGCUCUGGAUCUGGCUCUGGCUCAGGUUCUGGGUCUGGAUCUGGGUCUGGGGAUGCAGCAUCUCCAUCCGCAACUACUGUCGGUGACGGUCAGACCAACACUGCUGGAAAGACUCAAACUCUUUCUUGGGAUGAGCUCUAG